CUUUGCCACAGUGACUCCCAAAGCCGUGCAGUAUCCUGAAUAUCCCUCUCCUGAAGCUCACCCUGAGUCUUCCACCAACCCAAGUGUGCAUGCAGCAUCUCCUGAACCCUCUGUGUUUUUUAAUCAGUGGUUGCUGAGUCACUGCCUUUGAGUUCUGAGAUCCCAGCCCGUGUGAUGUAAACUGCUGUGGAGUCAGGAGAACUCUCCAGAUAUCCUCCAGAAAUGACCAGUUUCAUAUCCCACUGUCACAAAGAAACAUGAAUUAUCGCCCUAAGAUGACUUCCAGUGACCCAAAGUCAUGCACCAAGGGGAAUAAGUUAAGUUUUCAUAACAUCUUCUAUCAAGUAGAAAUGAAGAGUAGCUUUCUACUUUCACAGAAAACAGUGGAGAAAGAAAUAUUAUCGAAUAUAAGUGGGAUCAUGAUACCUGGCCUCAAUGCCAUUCUGGGACCUCCAGGUGCUGGAAAAUCUGUGUUGUUAGAUAUCUUAGCUGCAAGAAAACAUCUGGGAAAAUUCUCUGGAGAUGUGAUGAUAAAUGGAGAACUUUAUCCUGCAAAUUUCAAACAUCAUUCAGGUUAUGUGGCACAAGAUGAUAUCAUGAUGGACACACUGACAGUGAGAGAAAACUUACUCUUCUCAGCAGCUCUUCGGCUUCCCACCACUGCGACCAAUUAUGAAAAAAAUGAGAAGAUUAAUGAGGUCAUUGAAGAAUUAGGUCUGGAUACAGUUGCAGAUUACAAGGCUGGAACUGUGUCUAGGGCAGAAAGAAAGAAGACCAGUAUCGCCAUGGAGUUGAUCACUGAUCCUUCCAUCCUGUUCCUGGAUGAACCCACAAAUACUUUAGACUGGAGCACAGAACAUUCUGUCUUUCUGCUUCUGAAAAGGAGAUCAAAGCAGGGGCGAACAAUCAUCUUCUCCAUUCAUCAGCCUCGGCACUCCAUCUUCGAGAUGUUUGAUAGCCUCACCUUACUGGCUGCAGGAAAGCUAAUAUUCCACGGUCCUGCACAGAUGGCUGUAGAGCACUUUGCAUCAGCAGGUUACAGCUGUCAGCCCUACACCAACCCAGCAGUCUUCUUUCUGGAUGUCGUGAGUGGAGUCAUCACUGCUAUGGAAUCAGACAGAGAAGACAAAGACCAUGAGGGUGCGAAGAUUGAAAAGUUUUCCUUGAGUGAUAAGCCAGUCAUAGAAAAUGCUGAGUUCUAUGCCAGCUCCUGGUUCUACAGAAGUACGAAAGCUGAACUAGGUCGCCUCUCAGAUGGUCAGAAGAAGAGCUCAGCCUUCAAGGAGUUCACCUUUGACACCUCUUUUUGGCACCAACUCAGAUGGAUUAGCUGGCGCUCACUUAAAAACUUUCUGGGUGAUUUCCAGACCUCUAUAUCUCAGGACUGAAACCAGCCAUGGAGGCUUUCUUCAUUACGAUACUUACCCUUUGGAUGAUGGCUUGUUCAACUGAUUCUGUGGCUCUGGCCAUGACUGUAGGUCAGAGUAUGCUGCUGCCCAUAGUAAAACUUCUCAUGGACAGUUACUUACGGUAUACGAUGUUGCCCUGGUUUAUGAAAUUUCUCUUUAGAACCAGUGAGUCUCGGCUACUGUGGCUUCAGAACAUUGGUAUCCCAUACUUGGGCCUGACGGCUUUGCAAGAUAAUGAACUUUUGGGGCAAAACUUCUGUCCUGGCCUCAGUGAAACUGGAAGCAAUGGCUGUCCCAACUAUGUAAUAUGUACUGGUGAAGAAUUCCUGACAAGUCUGGGUGUUGAUAUCUCCCUUUGGGGCCUAUGGAAGAAUCAUGUAGCUUUGGCUGUUAUAAUGAUUGUCUUCUUCACAAUUGCUUUCUUAAAAUUGUUACUCUUUAAAAAACAUUUUUAAAUUCUCCUUAAUGUAUUGCGAAUUACAUUCAUAUUAAAUGUGGCCAUGGUGAUCUUU